CGUUGGGGUCUUCAAAAAACAAAACAAACCCAAAAAUGGAGCAAACAAAGCCGUUCUACGAUUUCAGCGUUCCCUAUAAUAAGGACGACAAAGUGAUGAGAGCUCUGCUCAACGAACUUGUGGACUUGGGCUACAAAACCAUCGCCAUCGACCAGAGUUUCGACCACAGCAAAAAGGAGGCCGGCAAACGGGGAUCCGAGAUGUUUCCCGAGCCCCACAAAAUCGAACAUCUGCGCAAGGAGUUUAAGGACAAGCUGAGAAUCCUGCAGAGAAUAACAAUUCUCUACGUGGAUGUCAAUGUGGCGCAUGCAAUGAGUGUCUCCCUCAAUCUGCGAAAGUUUAAUCUAGUCGCUGGCCAGCCCAAAACCGACGCCGCCUUGACACAUUGCUGUACGGCCUUCAACGGUGAUCUGAUAACCUUCAAUCCUGUGGCAGGAUCACGGCUUAUGGUUAAUCGAAAAGCCUACCAGGUGGCCGUGCGUCGCGGCAUGUUCUUUGAGAUCAAAUACGCCCCGGCAAUAGUCGAUUCGAAUAACAGGAAAGACAUGAUAAAGAUCGCUCAAAACUAUUGCACUAAAGGAAAGUCUAAGAACAUCAUCUUCAGCAGCGGAGCAGCGCACGAAUUUCAGCUGAGGGGACCCUACGAUGUGGCCAAUCUGGCCUAUAUUUUUGGCUUGUCGGAGGACCAAGGCAAGAAUGCUGUGGAUCGUCAUUGCAGGCAGCUCUUCCUGAAGGCUGAGUCGCGUCGUCUGGGCAAAACCAUUAUGUUUGUAAAGGGAAAUGGACCCAUCGUAUUCUCGGAUAGCUCAGAGGACGACCAAAGCGAGUCAGACGAUGAAAUGGAGGGACUUAAAUCGGAACUAGGAGAAGAAAAUGAAUCUGAAAUUAACGAUGACAAUAAGCAAGCCAAUAAACGACUGAAAGUGGCGUAGCACCGAAAAUAA